AUGAUGCAUAUUCGGGAUGAUUUUGAAACCACUAGAGCCUCAUUGAAAAUCCCAAGCAAGCUUGUUAUUUCGAAACUUGGGAAGAAGACUAUAAAUAAAAAGAACAAAGGUAUUAAUAAACCAGAAGAGAAUCUUACAAUGAGUAUCUUCCCAUUCUUCAAGGUAGAAGUGGAAAGGAUGAGGGGUCGAGCGCAUGAUAAGUUAAUGAACAAGCUAGCAGCUGCAAGGCACAAGGCUGAAGAGAAACGAGUGGCAGCAGAGGCCAAGAGAAAUCGCCAAGCUGCAAAAACAGAGCAUGAAGCAGAAUAUAUCCGCAAAACUGGCCGCAUACCUUCCUCGUUCUCCUGCUGUGGUUUGUGCUCUUGA